AUGGCGCUACCCGAGAUCGCCUCCAUCAUUCUGCGGCUGGCAGAGCUGGCGUUUGCGGCCGUUGUCGCAGGCUUGAACGGCGACUAUCUACACUCAGUUCACGGCGCUUCCUCGUGGGAUUUGGGACGACACAUCUACACUGAAGUUGUUGCGGGAUUGUCGAUUUUGUUUGCCAUUAUUUGGCUGUUUCCCUUCAGCUCCUCGUUUAUCCAUUGGCCGGCCGAUCUGUUCUUCAGCAUCCUGUGGUUUGUGGCCUUUGGUCUAUUGGUGGAUUGGCUCGAUGGUUCUUGCGGACGGGUUUUCGACUGGACCAACCUCUCCUUCCGGGACACUGCAUCCUGUGCCCAGUUCAAGGCCGUAGUCGCUUUUUCCUUCUUGAGUGCCAUCUGCUGGCUAGCCAGUGCCAUCGUCGGUUUCUGGUGGGUUCGCCGCAACACUCGUGUUCGUCACACCACCACUGCACCCACCUACCGUCGUCGCCGUUGGUAUCGCUCUCGCGUUUAAGCCUACCAUUACCGGUACCCCAGAUGACCAUGACAAAUCACGAUACUCCAUUCAGAGCAGCAAUUUUCUCCUAAUCCAAGUACCCUAUUCAUUUUCCUUUAUCUUGUGGUACCAAACGAUAACCCUCCUUACAAUGUGGUGUAACGACAUGACGGUAUGAAGAACGACGAGGCAGCGAGGCGGAGGACAAAUCGGAACUUCUUGAUAUACUCCAUAUUAUUCUCUUCUCAUGUAUUUAAAUAAAAGCAAAUUUUUGUGUGAUCAGGGGUGAUCUGUGCAUACCAGGCUCAUUAAAGUUGACUCUAUCUGCCGUUCAUUGAACAUCUCCAUAAUCAUCACAACACAGGCACCCAGGAUCAGCAGGGCAUGAAGUGGCUGAGUGGGGGUGGGGUAUCUGUCGCAAACGGGAUGACCCUUUCGGCAUUUGGGUCAAUCAAACAACAUUAUACAGCACGCGAGCACAGAGGGCUGUGGCUCGGUCAGCGUGGCUCCUUUACCUGGCAAUCAAUGACGUCGUUGCGUUA